GCUCAAUCACAGGCUUCCCAGUAGAGCCUCCAACACUAUGGAGGAAAUGGGUUGAACAUCUGGGUUGCUGUGAGUUUUCUGGGCUAUAUCGCCAUAUUCUAGAAGCAUUCUUUCCUGACGUUUCGCCUGCAUCAAUGGCCGGCUAACACCUCCCAACAAAGGAUUCCCCCAAGCAGGAGUCAGCCUGACCUUGAAGCUAAAAGGCUAUUCAGUGCUAAUCAAGAUGGCCAACUGCAACAUUCACACCUGCCUCAAGCAGACAAGAGUUCUUUCUCCCACCCUGAACAUUCCACAGAUAUAUAAACCCCACUUGCUUAGUUUCCAACAGUCCUCACAACUUCUGAGGAUACCUGCCAUAGUUGUGUAUGAAACGUCAGUAGAGAAUGCUUCUGGAACAUGGCCAUACAUCCAGGAAAACUCACAGCAACCCAAUGAUUCCGGCCAUGAAAACCUUCGACGGCAGUGGUGCAGCAUCAGCAGCUAUGGCUUCUGGAGACCCUGUGAAGAAGCUCUGCGAGGAACUGGCCUGUCCUAUCUGCUUGGAGUAUUUCAAAGAGCCUGUGAGCCUCUCCUGUGGGCACAAUUUCUGCCAGUCCUGUCUGGAUCUAUGCUGGGAGGAGAAAGAGGCCUCCUGCCCACAGUGCAGGGAGAAAGUGCAGGAAGGAGACACCAGACCAAAUAGGCAGCUGGUGAAUCUGGUGGAGAUUGCCAAGGAACUGUGGAGCCUUAAGGCAGAAGAAAGGGGGAGAGUCUGCCAGAGGCACCAGGAGCCCCUCAAGCUCUUCUGCAAGAACCAUGAAUCCCCCAUCUGUCUGGUGUGCGACAAGGCAAAGGAGCACGAAAACCACAAAGUGAUUCCUCUGGACGAGGCAUCAAAGGAGUACAAGGAUCAGAUUUUGAAUUUUUUGGAGACUCUGAAGAAGGAGAAAGAGAAUAUUCUGGCCUACAAAGCAGACGCAGCACAGGAAAGCCAAGAUUUGCUCAAGAAGACCCAAAGAGAGAAGGAUAGGACUGUGGCUGCCUUCAGACACAUGCACCAGUUUCUAGAAGAACAAGAGAGGAAUCUUCUGGCAAAAAUGGAAGAGGUGGAGAAGGAGAUUUCAGCUAAAGGAGAGGAACAUCUGGCCAGACUCUCCAAAGAACUCUCCUCUCUCUCGAAACUCAUCCAAGAGAUGGAGGAGAAGCAUCAGCAGCCGGCAAGUGAACUCCUCCAGGAUAUCAGAAGCUUCUUGCAGGGAUAUAAGAAUAAAGAGAAAUCUGAGACUUCUGCAGCCUUUUCUCCUGCCCUAAAGUGGAAGAUCUGGGACGUCUGUGAUAUCAAUCCCUUUCUGGAAGGUGUCAUGAAGCAAUUCAGAGCCUCUCUGGAAUCUGGGCUUCAGCAGGAAAAAGCACAUGUGACUCUGGAUCCAGACACAGCCCAUCCUCGGCUCAUCCUCUCUGAAGAUCACAGACGUGUGAUGAAGGCAGAGAAAAAGCAAGAUCUUCCUGACAAUCCUGAGAGAUUCAAUUAUUGGCCUUUUGUGCUGGGCCUGGAGGGAUUCACAGGAGGCAGGCAUUUCUGGGAAGUCCUUGUGGGGAGUGAGGAAGAAUGGUUUGUGGGAGUUGCCAGAAAGUCUGUGCAGAGAAAGGGCAUCAUCCACUGUGGGCCUUGGGCUGGGAUCUGGCGAGUGGGAAAGGGGAAGUGUGGAUACAAGUUCUCCUCCGACAAAGAUGCAUUCCCAUUUCUGACUCUGAGCGAGAAGCCCAAGAGGGUCCGAGUGACUCUGAACUACGAAGGGGGUCGUGUGGCCUUUUACGAUGCAGACUCAGCAGCCCAGAUCUUUCAAUACCCUCCAGCCUCUUUCUCAGGAGAGACCCUCCUUCCCCUGUUUUAUGUGACUAAAAAAGCCCAACUAGAGCUCUCCCCGUAAGGAUGGAGAGCAAUGCCCAAAGACUCACACAUCUGAGACACAAGAGGAGCUUUAUCUCUGGAGAUUUGGAGCUGUGGAUUCUUUUUGCUCUCUUUCUGAAACCUCUCUACUCUUUCAUUAAAUAUUUGUGAAAACCUGGCUGGAGUCUGGAGUGUGAAUGAAGAAGCCAUUCCUCAUGGCAGUGCUCAGCUCAUGGAUCAGCCAGGGACUUCAUGGAAAGCCCAGCUACAACCAUAACAACAAAGAGGGAAUAAAAGACCUAAAUCAGUUUUUAGUCAAGAAUUCAAUUGGAAUUCAGUUGUAAGUCUAUUUGCUCCUGCCUUUCCUGGCGUUUCACAGGGAUGGAGGCAGGACUUGGCUGUGAAGUUAAACAUAAGUGUAGCCUUGCUUCAUCCCCUUGCCAACUGGAAACAAUUCUUUUUCUGUCUUCUGUCCUCAUUGUGCCCGCUUGUCCUGAGUAGAAGUUACACAUCAGGAAAAUCCAAUGUCAUGGUGCACCUAUUUCUUUAUGUACAGCGCAUCGUUUUUCAUGAUCUGAAUAAUCAAAGACUUUGCUGUAAAUAAUAAAGCACAGAUUGAUUUUUCUCUGAAA